AAAAAUCUUACCCGAUUUCUGUUUUCACCAAAAAAAUCUAAAAUCACUUUUGACGAUUACCUGCGAAUCAUAUCAGCAUCACAUACCAAUACAAAUGACGAGUUGACACAAGCAGCUCGAG